AUGACUCCAUGUUCAGUCCCCAGCGUCAAUUGGAAGUUCACGCUUGACUAUCAAAGAACAGAAAUAGAUGUACAGAAAGCGUCACGGAAGAUUGGUUCUAGGAUGGUUUUUGUUAUAGGCUUGAUCCGCCACGAUGCAUGGACGAGAACUGCUCACACAUUAUGUCGUAACACCGUUUCGCGUCGACCUCAGGAGGUCGCCACUCUCAGUACUCGCAAUUUAUCUAUCCUCAAUACGGAGGACAGCUCAAUACCGGCUCAGGACAUAAGACAUUUGGAUGGCGAUAUGUCUGAGCGUCGACAGCGGUGGUCAUGGAGGUUUUUGAAUUACAGUGUGUUUGGUGAAUAUUUCGAUCUUGCUUCAACAAAGUCGCCCGUCGAGGCGCACUCUCCGGUCCCAAUACUACCUCAAAAGAUAAGGCGCAUAUGUUGUAGCAACUGCCUCUUUGUGGACGAUGAUGCAUAUGCACCUGUUUCUCUGCUGCGGGAAUGGUAUCAGAGCUUAAUGGUGCCAGCUAGUGCAGGCUCCAGUAACAGCGUAAUUUUCGUACCUUCUUUCCUGAAACACGAGCACUCCUACCAGGUACGGAUGGUGAAUAUUCCAACCCUCAUCACGGUAGUACCUACCUUUCUCAGUAUCAAAGAUGUUCGCUUUGCUUCCUCUAGUGCUAAAGAGACUUCGCACGGUAGGCCGUCUAGCUGUGUCCAGCCACCGCUGGCUAAGAUCUGGUUCUUUGUAGCUCGCUUGAGCGGCCAUGACCUCCUCAAAAACGGAUCAACCGACACAUGA